GUUGGAUGAUGUGACAUUGGCUGCACAUGACAAGGGGCAGCAAUGCAGAGUGAUUAGCAAGCUCUGAACUGUGACUGUAAUUUUGCACUUUUUUGUGUAUUUUUGUAGAUGACGAGUGGACAGCUGUCGAGGGCAGAGGCCUUGGCGUGCUCUGGUUGCAGAUAUGCAUGCCAUGUGAUGCUCUACUCUGACACGAAAACUCAGCUGUUUGGGAGAAUUCCCAUGAGACAUGUCAUACUGAUGCAGAUGCGCUUUGAUGGUCUGUUGGGUUUCCCUGGCGG